UUGGCAAUUCUGUAUCCUGUUUGCUGCCUCAAUUCAAAUUCAGUUCAUAUUCAAUUUUCACCUCACUGAUGUUGCUGUAGGAACCAAAGAGCACAAAUACACACUGAUGCUGCCUUCAAGUCCUGCUGGAUCAUUUUCAUGAGUUCAGAAAUCAUAUUUAUAAAAUAAAAAAAAUGCUGAAAUAAAUAAAUGCAUUCAACGGUGAACACGGGAGGCAUUUUGUUGCACAAAUGCAGAAGAAUGAAGAGUGAAGGAUGAGCAUAAUUCCACAACAGACAGUUAUGGGAAAUGUAGUUUUACUGUAAAUAUGAUUUUUCCGACAUGUCUUGAAGGCAGCGUGAGAUCCUGCAGUGAAACUCACACAUGAGCAGUUCUGCUGUAUACUUUCUGUGCAGGUUUGCUCUGCUUUCGGACCAAAUUCAGAAACCACUGAGAGCACACUUGGUUUGUUUCAGGGUUUUAAAAGCGCUUAUGCUCAGUUAUAAAGGCACGCUCCUAAUUAACUCUAUCUCAGCCUUUAUGUCAACAUAAUAUAAUGCAUAAUCAUCUUUAUUAUUCAAUUUAUACGUAAAUAAGAAUAAUAUAAUCUAGUUGCCAAGGUUCCAAACAACUAGUGUGAACAGAAAGUGAACAGAAAGUGGACUGAGACCCGAUCAGCAUUCAGAUUGACUAAACAGUGAUCAGAGUCCACUUUCUAGUCCACAUGCAAUGUGAAUGCAAACAGAACUGAAUUCUUUUUCACUUCACUUUUUGACUCAAGUGUGAAAAUUAACAAAUUCAGGGCUGUUUUUAUUUUAUUGGCAAUCAGUGGCGUAAUUUCUGUAGAGAAACUAGUAAACAAAUCAAACAUCAAUCCUCAACGUGCCUUGAGCUUCCUGGAAGAGCGUUUAUUUGUGAAGUGACGUAAUCGAAAACAUCAACCUCCUCCAUCAAACAUCAACAAACUUUACAUUUUAUUUAUUCAUGAGUUCAAAUUUGCAGCUUUCUGUUUUGUUUUCUGUCUAUACUGUAUUUGUAUUUCCUCUUUUAACCAGAAUCAUAUUGCACCAUAUUUAUCCGUUUAUUUGAUAUUCUAGUAUUUUGCUGGAAUUAUGAUGCCGUUCAACCCAAAAUGACAUCAUUUACUCAACCUCAUGUUGUUUAAACCUGUGUGACUUUCUUUCUCUCAUUGAGAGGAAGAUUAUCAGUGAAUAAUGUCGGUCUGCACAGUUAUUACAGUUAACUAACACUAAAAUUAAGACCGUUAAAAAACAUUUUGUUGCUUGAAAUUAAGAUUACAAGUAGCAGAAAAUUUUCGAUAGUUUCCAAAAAAUCCCAAUACGUUUCAAAAUUACUGGAAAAUUUAGGAAAUUUCACUUUUUUGCAACCAUGCUUGAAAUAAAAUAAACAUGAACUGAACUGAAAUAAAAUAUUAAAAAUGUAAACAUAUUUUAUUUCAACGAGUUGCCAAGGCAACAUUUCUUGUUUUUGUUCUCAUUUUCUAAAAUAGCUCAAAUUAAAUAAACUAAAACAAAAAAAUCAUUAAAAUUUUUUUUUUAAAUUGCAAAAGCACACAACAAAAUUACUAAAACCUAAACUAAAAAGUAUAAAAAAUACAAUCUAAUUAAAAAACUAUAGUAGUAUAAUGAUGCUAAAAUAGCACUAUUCUAUAUUAUAUAACGCACAAAUCAUAUGGACUCCUGAUUAUGAAUGUUUAGAUUAAUUUUUGGACACUUUCUUGGUCCUGUGUAUGGCUUGAAAGCCAAUAGGGUUUGAGCAGCAUGAGAGAGAGUAAAUUUCAUUUUUGUGCAUCUGUAACGAAUCUGUAGUAGUGUAGUAUUUCAUUUGUCCUCGUGAAUAUAACAACAGAGACAUGUCAAACACUGUGAGGCUACUGUAGGAUUUUAUAGGAAGGAGGAUUUAUGCAGUUUGUGUUCACGUUUAUAUUUGUGUGUGAAGCCGUUUUUAUUUAAUGUAAUAUAUAUAUAUAUAUAUAUAUAAAAAAAAAAAAGAGAGAAUUUGUGUUCCAGAGUUGUUCUAUCAUCACACUUCCUCGGCGAUCUGGACUGAUGACUGACAGGUCUUCCUGUUGAAAAUGCAUCUCGCUAAAUGAACUCUGAAUGACAGCAGUGGAAUCAUGGGAGGCGGAGCUCCGCUGUGCCUUAAUUUCUCAGCUCUCUCUCUCUAAUUAGACUCCUUCCAGCGCCUCGCUCUCCGUCACAUGACACCAGCUUCUGCUCCAGUUGGAUGGAGACCAUCGCCAUAGUAACCUUGAGAAGUUGUUGAUGUCACCGAUGAAUUUGUGAAUGGAGAGAGCGAGAUAUGAGAGAUGGGUUUAUUAUAAUGUGAUGUCUUCAGUCUAGUGUUAGUGAGUGUAAGUGUGAGUUGUGCAUGAUAAACACUAAACCAUAGCUUGUGCUGUACAGUAUAAGUGUUCAUAGAGAGAAAUGAUGUGAAACUGAAGGAAACCCGUUAACCUGUGGAUCUUUAGUACUGAUAUUUGCACUGACAGGACCGUGUGUAUGUAUUAUGAGGAAAUGUGUGCGCUGCUUCUGCUACUGAACAAGCGCUGAUCAUCUCAAAUGUUUCAUGUGAGUUGGUUUUUAAAGCUGUGCAUGCAUAUAUAAUCAGCAUUCAUUCAGCAUUUAUGCCUGUUGGAUUAAAUUUACUGUUGCAAAAUACUUAUUUGAAUGUUUAAAUGAAGAUAAUGCUUUGAACAACACAGCAAUCUCACUUUAUUUCCUUUAUUUUAGCCUACUAAUGGUAAAAACGGCAACACUUUACAGUAAGGUCUAAUUUGUUAACAUUAGUUAGUUAACGUGCUAAUUAUGAACAGUCGUUUAUUAAUCUUUUAGUUAAUAAAAAUACAUUGUUCGUGUUAGUUCACAGUGCAUUAAGGUAACAUAAAUUAUUUUUAUUUAAAAUUGAAAGUAGAAAUGAACAUUUAUUGUUAACAAAUUAACCCGUACAGUGUGACACAGUUGCAUGUCAGUUUUUAUGUUAAUGAUAUAAUUUUUUACAGUUUCGUCUGUAAUAUUCAAGUAAUCCUUGACUAGCUGGUUAAGGUGUGUUUAAGUAGAAUUAGAGCUUAAUUUCUGCUUAAUUUAGACACACUGUUAAAAAAAGAGAAAGAAAGAGGUUUGACAAAGCUUUAUUUGAAGAAAAAAAAAAAAGCAUUUCAUAACAAUCUUCACAUUAACAACUCGCAUAAUAAAUAUAAAAUGUAAAAAUUCACACCCAAAUGUCCAUCAUAAACAAUGCACAAAACAUCAUUUACACACAAGUCACUGAAAACCGUCUCAUUAUUUACAAGACUAAAGAAAGAAAGAAAAAUAAUAUAAUUUCUUGAGAUAAAUUUUAACAUUAUGAUGAAUGUUCCUAUGUGCAAUUCUUGAAAGUAAUGUUAUUAAGAAGAGAGUGUAUAGUUUAAGACAAGUUGGAGGUAAAUCUAAUUUGAAGAGGUUAUUACAAUGAUUUUUUUAAGAUUUUAUUGAAUUUUUAAAUUAUUUAUUUAUUUAGCCUUUCGAACAAUCCAGAGAAAAUAAAAGAUAACAUAAUGUUUUUGUGAACACAAAAGUUUUAUUUUUAUGCUUAAGUUAGAAAAUAAGACGAUUUCAGUGUUAUUCUUUGUAAGUGUUAUGAAUUUUUGAUUAAUUGUUGGUUUCCUAGCUCCUCCUAAUAAACUCUUAUAAUCGGUUUAUUACGCCCUCGCCGAGCAGAAGGGGGCGUGUCCGGCCGCGACCAAAAGGGGCGGGGCGCAGGUGGGUGUGUCUCUCAGCUGAUGCGCGCCGCUCGCGCGCUCUCCCUUUCCUCGCGCGCGCGCGCUUCAUCUCCGUCGCGGGCGUCAGCGGCAGCGCAUCGCGCGGCUUCACGCGUUGGUUUACGCCGCAGCAGCAGAGCAGCAUCCGAGCGAACGGACAGACGGAUCCGCGGUGAGACAUGUGUGUGUGUGUGACCCGGCUCACUUCCCCUUCAUGCACGUGUGUGCUGGAGCUGUGGGCGGUGGAGUGAAGCGCUCGAGGCUCCUGGCAUGGGCAGCGUAGGGAGCGGGGCCUCCAGUCAGCGGCCCAUCACAAUGCGCAGCGUGGGCACCCGCACCACCCCCAACGGCCCGCUGGCGGCCGCGCCGCCCCCCGCCUCGGCCCGCCGCCGCCUGGACGACCGCAGCUUCAGCGCCGAGCGCAUCCCCGGCCCCAGCACCAAGACCAAGGGUGUCUCCGCCGACGAGCACAGCUACAACGCCGAGAGGGAUUUCCACGCUAACGCUCGCAACCACGCCGACGUCGAGCGCGCCGCGGCACACAACGCCAACCGCCAGCAGACGCUCAACGGAGAGAGGCUGGUGUCCAACGUGGUGUUCGCCAACGGGGCGCGGCGGGAAGGACACAGGCGCGGAGAGAGUCUGGACCUGUGCGGGAACAACAUCGUGCUGAACAAUGACAAGAACGGCAGCCAUCAAGCUCCACCGCAUCCGCCCCGGCCACACAAGGACAAGAGCAAAGCCAAACCCGAUAAUCACAACCCGCCCAACAUCCUGCCCGUCUCGGGAAAACUCGAGCAUGCACAGACCAAUGACUCUCUGGUGCGUCCAUCAGCCUUCAAACCUGUGGUGCCCAAGAGCUUUCACUCCAUGCAGAACCUGGUGUGUCCCCUCCAGACCAGCUCCGGGACGGCCGGUCCGGGCAGCGGCGGCGAGAAGGGCGGUCCGAACCAGGACAGUCCCGGGACACAUGCUGGCGCGGGCCGGGCCGGACAGGGCAGUCUGUCGGACUCCGGGAGGAACUCUCUGACCAGUCUGCCCACGUACACGGGCUCCAGCUAUGGCCCGCCGCCCGCGCUCGGACCCCUCAGUGCCUCCACCAGCCACAUCAACCGGCUGGGCACCGUCGCCCUGGACAAGCCGGGCUACCAGAACGGCCUCAGCGCCUCGGACAGCGGCCGCUCCUCCUCAGGCAAGAGCUCCUCCUCGUACCAGCGCCUUAGUCACCUGAGCGACGCUCCCGCGCCCCUGAGACCCUCUCCGUCCUCCGACGACGUGAUUCAGGACCUGGAGGACCGUCUGUGGGAGAGAGAGCAAGAAGUAAGUAAGGUGAUUCACAUGAGACGUAACCUGGACCAGAGCGAGGCGGCCAUCGUGCAGGUGUUCGAGGAGAAGCAGCGUGUGUGGGAGCGAGAGAUGGAGGAGCUGAGGCAGAACUACGCCGGGCGGCUGCAGCAGGUGACCCGACGAGCCCAGCGCACACAGCAGGCCCUGCAGGCGCAGAUCGCCCGUCUGCAGCAGGACAAGCGGCGGCUGCAGGACGAGAUGACGCUGCUGCUCGCUCAGAGAGAGGAGCUGGAGAAGAAGUGCUUGGACUUCAGGAAGGAGCAGGCCGAUAUCCUGCCCAGACUGGAGGAGACCAAGUGGGAGGUGUGUCAGAAGGCGGGCGAGAUCUCUCUGCUGAAGCAGCAGCUGCGGGAUAGUCAGGGCGAGGUGACGCAGCGGGCCGGAGAGAUGGUGGCCCUCAGGGGUCAACUGAAGGAUCUCAAUGCCCAGCUGAGAGAGCGAGAGGAGGCCGAGAUCAGCCUCAAAGAGUCCUUCUGCACCAAAACCCUGGAGCUGGAGCGCUGCGAGGCCGAGCUGCAGACCAUGCUGGCCGAGGUGACGGUGCUCCGAGACAAGCUGAGCGCGUUUGAAUCGGAGGUGGCGCGGCUGAAGAAGGCCCUCAGUGAACUCAGCAGCGGCGCCAGUCGCGCCAGUGAGCCCAGCCUGACCGAUGUGGGUCAGCUGGUGGCUUCCCGCAGCCGAGAGCGUCUUCUGUCCCCUCCGGAGACGCCCACGUCCCUCCCCGCGCUCCCGGCGCCAGACCCGCUGCUCUCGCUGCAGAGCGACGACUCCAAGGCGCAGCGGCAGGAUUCGGGCGACCUGCGGCGUCAGCUGGAGCGACUGCAGGGCGAGCUGCGUCUGGAGCGGCAGCAGCGAGAGCGGCAGGCGCUCACCUUCGCUCAGGAGCGCCAGACCUGGCAGGACGAGAAGGAGCGAGUGCUAAAGUACCAGGCGCAGCUGCAGCUCAGCUACGUGGAGAUGCUGCAGAAGAACCAGGCUCUGGAGGAGCGUGUGGACAAGCUGGGAGCCCAGAUCGUCACGCCGUCGCCCGCCUCGCCUCCACCACUUCCAGAGCCCCCCGUGUCCGUGUCCAUAUCGCUCACCUCUCCCACCCCGCCGGUGGAGGAGAAGAAGCUGCCAGAGAUGCACCAGCUGGCUCCGCCGUGGCCCGUGCCGACCCGACUGGAGAGGAUCGAGUCGACGGAGAUCUAAUGCAUCCCUGAUUACAACUGCAUUCAGUACAAUCCAAAAACUGAACCGCUUCCGAGGACUGUCCAAGGAUGCCCUGCUUGUCUGGGGCAGGUGUGUGGGUUGAGGGCAGGUUCGUUGGGUAGUUACGAGAGCGUGUGUGGCCUUAUCAGGAGGAGGUCAGUCGCCAAGCGGAAAACACUCAGGGGUUUAAGGGGAUUCACGGACUGUUUAAGCUUUGUGUUUUUACAGGCGCGAGGGUUUAGGCGAUUAAGAAGUCACCAUCUUUCCUAGAUGCGCUGAGGAAUAUCCUUACGAUCACGGCAUCUUCUGUACUCUGCAGCCUUCAAACAAUCAAAACUAGAGUUACCAGGCUAAAACUGCAGGGAGUUUCUCUUAAAGUGAAGAUCUCGCAUGGUGCUCAGACGCAACGCGCCAUCACGUUUAGGACCAAAUCUUAGUGCCAGUCUCGAGAGUGUUUAUGUCGAUGUUCGUCGGGCCGCAGAAACAUACUCUACGCAAGUACACAGACGUGCAGGACAAAUUAAACAGAUUAUUCAAAAGAUUUGAUGCUUUUGAAAGAAGUCUCAGCAAGGCUGCAUUUAAUUGAUCAAAAAUACAGUGAAAAAUGUGAAAUAUUAUUGCAAUUUAAAAUAGCUGUUUUCUAUGUGAAUAUCUGUUAAAAUCUAAUUUAUUGCUUUGAUCAAAGCUGAAUUUUCAAUGUCAUUAUUCUAGUCUUCAGUGUCACAUGAUCCUUCAGAAAUCGUUCUACGCUCCGUAAACACAGUGUGACAACUUGUAGCAAAAUUCCAUUCACCAACAAAUUACAUUAAGUUUUAACAAAUUACACAAUUGUUUAAUUGAUUACUCAAAAAUAUUUUGUUACAAUUAAUUUCAACAUAUCUACUAUCCAUAUCUAAAUCUUAUCUGUUAUUUUUGGUCAGCGGAUGCAGACAUUUCAGUUUAAAUUACAUGCUGUAUUCAGCAGAUCAAUUAACAGAAAUUUCUAUUUAAAUUACACUCAAUAUUAAUGAUGUAAUAAAAAUUAAAAAAUCAAUUAAUGCAGACAUUUCUGUUUAAAUUACACUCAAUAUUAAUGAUGAAAUCAAAUGUAAAAAAAUGAAAUAACACAGAAUAUUAAGUUUAUGUAAUAGAAAUAGAAAUUAAAGCAGAAACUUCAAGUACAAUCAAUAUUAAGUUGAUUACUCAAAAAUAUUUUGUUACAAUUAAUUUCAGCAUAUCUACUAUCCAUAUCUAAAUCUUAUGUUAUUUUUAUUUUUUAAGGUCAGCUGAUGCAGAUAUUUCCGUUUAAAUUGCAGACACAUGCAGUAUUCAGCUAUGUAAUCCGAAUAAAAAAGAUCAAUUAACAGAAAUUUCUAUUUAAAUUGCACUCAACAAUUAAGUUGGUGUAAUUAAGAUAAAAAUCAAUUAUGUUGUCAGUUAUGUUAAAUUAUGUUAAAAUCAUUUAUGUUUAAAUUACACUCAAUAUUAAUGAUGAAAUAAAAUUGAAAAAAAUGAAAUAGCACAUAAUUUUAAGUUUAUGUAAUAGAAAUAGAAAUUAAAGCAGAAACGUCAAGUACAAUCGAUAUUAAGUUGAUGUAAUGAUCCAGAUUAUUAUGUCAACAUUUUAAAUUUUCAUGAUUAUUUUAUUUUUUAGGAUUCACACAUAGAAAGUUCAAAAGAACAGCUUUUAUUUAAAAUAGAAUUUUUUUGACAUUAUAAAUGUCUUUACUGUCACUUUUGAUCAAUUUAACGCAUCCGUGACGAAUAAAAGUAUUAAAUCUUACUGACCCUGAGCUUUUGAACGGUAGCGUAUCAGACUCAGAAUGCAUUGAUGCGAUGCAUAAUAAAUUGCUCGUCUCAGAAUACAGUGAAAUAGAGUUUGUGUUUGCAUCCGUGUGCUCGGAUAGAGUAUGUUUGGAGGCCGAGGCCUGGUGCGGGAUAGAGGAGCGCUCAACCCUCCUGCUCUAUUGCCCAAAGCAGCGGCGGAGGACGUGUAUUCAUUUCAACUCAGAACGUACUGUAUCACCUGAAUGUUGUUUUUGCCCUUUUCUAUGUUUUGAGCAAUGUAGAGUAAACUAGAACGAGAGAUUGAGAUUAAAAAACAAGUCAAUAUGUUAGUGCACUUGACGCUUCGGUCUCAGACCAUCCUGCUUUUAAACUGAGGACUCGGUUGUUGUGAACAACAGCUACUGAAUGAGGUUUGGUUGAUGAAGCUGCUAGACUGACGGACAGCGGCUGAGCCAAAACUGUGCAGAGGGUCGACGGCUCGAUCUCGAUUUAGUCAGCGGAUUAUAUUUGAAUAUGACUUUACAUUCUUCCAAAAAGAGCAUAUAAUAUGUGUCAAUGUAUACAUACUGAAAGUAUCAUUUAGAAUAUUUGACUUUAAAAAUGUCAUAUGCAGUAGAUUGAAGUGAUGAUUUAAAUGUGUUGAAGUAAGUGCACAGUGCACAGAAAUCACGUGGAAUAUCGGAAGGGUUUGUGAAGACUGAAAUGUGGGGGUUGUGUGGUAGUUGAAGACGGAGAUUGUUAUACGACGUGUACUGUUUCUGCAGUGUGUAUAUUCUGUGUCGCAUACAACAGAGCACACUCUGCACGAUACUGUUUCCCACAAUGCAAAGUGUGUGGACUGACUUUGCAUUAACAGUGUGAUGAAUGAAUGGGAAAUCUGGUCAGAAUGCAAAAUCACUUCUUAUCUCAAUUCCUGCCUUUUUGAGUUUAAAUCUUGCAAAUCUGACUUUAGUCCCUUAGUCAGAAUUGUGAGAUAUCAAUUGAAACUUAUCUUUAACUUCUCUUACACUUCUGGCUUUUUUCAGAAUUGAGAGUUAUGACUGAAUUGUGAGCUAUAAAGUCAUUAAUGUGAGACGAAAUGUCAGAGUUGCGAGAUAUAAACUCGCAAUUUGUGAGAAUUGUGAAAUAUAAAGUCAUUAUUGCGAGAUAUAAGCUAAAAAUUGUGAUAUGUAGUAUAAACGUGCAAUACACAUUUUGAUUUGCAAUUCUAGCAAUUUUGACUUUUUAUCUGACAAUUCUGACAUUUUUCUCGCAAGUGGAGAAAAAAAGUCAAAAUUGUAAGAUAUAAGCUCACGAUUUGCGAGAAAAAAAUAACAAUGACGUUUUAUCUUACAAUUCUGACUUUUGUUCCCAGUUGCAUGUUUAUAUCUUGCAAUUCUGAGAAAAUGAAGAAAGUCAUUAUUGCGAGAUGUAAACAUAAAAUAUAUAAACUCAUAAUUCAGAGAUUAAAAACUCAAGCCUGUUUCUGCCACGGAAUAAAAAAUCUCAAAAUCCUUACUUUUUUCUCACAAUUACAAGUUUGUAUUUAUAUAUAUAUAUAUAUAUAUAUAUAAAAUGUAAAAAAAAAUCAGAAUUGUGAGUUUUAAAAAAAAAUCGCAAUUACCUUUUUUAUUUCUUUAUUCUGUUGCAGAAGUAAGCGUCCAUAGAAUGCCAUGUGCACUGUAUACUGUAUACUAAUUUUUUUUUUCAAUGACAUGUGAAACAGAACACAAUUCAGCGUCUUCUGAAUAAAAACUGCUAUGUUGCACUCUUCAAACAAAUGUUUGUAAAAACAGCAUCUAAUCAAAUCAAGAAGGUCUGUAUGAUGAUGGUCAUGUCUUCACACUGGAAACAGAAGGUCAAGCGUGCAGUAUGUAGUAUGCAGUGUGCUCUCUUGUAUAGAAACAGCACAAGUCGUAUGCUUGUAUGCUUUUUUCCGAACACGGCCAGAUAACAAAUGCACUACAGGCUCUGACGAGGGACAAACGCUAUUGUUUGCAAUUGUAGUGGUAGCAUUUUACAGAACACCUUUUGUCACAAAGUCUUGAAAUAAGCUACAGAAGUUAUUCCAUUGAACCAAAAUCGAUGACUUUCACUGAUAUUUCUUUAACGCAGUCACAUCGCAGCACUAACAAGCCAGAUUCCCUCUCUUUUGCAUAGGAAACGAAUCUCGGAAACAAGCACAAACAAGCGAUUCAUUUCCCUCAACUGUAGAAAUGCAAUAGAAAGAUUGACGUGGAGAACUCUGGUCUUUUCCCAACGCUCGUGCCUCUUCUUUUCUAUCAUGCCAUAUUUGAGAUAAUCAUCGCAGCUUUAUGACACUAGGUGUUACGAGAGAAAGCUUUAGAUGGACGCCACACCUCUGCUGUCUUUGGCCACAUUUGCUGCUAUGUGCUUCUGUUGUGUCCUGCUGUGUUCUUGGUAGAGACAAAGGCAGUCGACUGCAUGUAAAUAUCACUGUUCCUUAUGUGUACAGAACUAUUCUAUCCAAAUAUACCGAGCUAAUGCGUGUGAAUACUUUUGUGAAGUAAUGAGACUGACAUGUCAGCUUUUAUUUUUCAAAACUAUUAAUAUAGGAAUAUAAUAUACAUAUAUGAAUCUUAAAACCUUCGAUCGGCUAUAUUACGGUAAAGUCAUACAUUCGAGAGUCCGAUGUCUUUUCCCUUUCUCCAUCAGUUCUUGAGAUGUAUGGGUGCGCGACGCCACCGAGGUUUUUGUAAACAUUUCAUUUUUUCCUUUCGUUCUUUUUUCAGAAUUUGCUUGAGAAAAGCAUAUCU